AUGGUGGCUUUGAGUCAGACCUUUAGGAACCGGGUGGAUCUGCAGGACACACAGAUGAAGGAUGGAGACGUGUCUCUGACUCUGAAGGAUGUGACCAUAAAUGAUACAGGAACAUAUCAGUGUAGAGUCAAGGAGCAGUGUCUGUGGACCGUCCUGCUGGAGUCUUUCUCCAAAGCCUCCUCUGACACACUGAUCCAGCUCCACACCUUCAGCAGCUCAUUGGCUGCAGAUCCUCUGCUUCCUGGUUCAGCUUCUGCUUUACUUCUGUGUGCUGCCUGUAGAGAGCCUCCUCCAGCCCUUUACAGCCUGGAGCUGCUGCCCCGGGGGUUUGUGUUAAAGAAGAGUCUUAGCCUGUGUCUGAGGAAGCAAGGGAUCAUUUUAUUGAGAGCAAACUUCAUCAGAGCGUGGCUGGGCAGCAGCAGGAGGGUCCCUCAGCUUCCACUGCACAGACACAUGCUCAGUAACUCCAGAGCCUCAUUCUGUGACAUUCAGAUGCAGCUGUGUGAUUUAAUGUCCUCCUGCUGGAUCCCAGCUACCUGCUAA